CUCCUAGAAGGUAGACUGUUUAAACAGCUGUAGAGACCGUCCCACUCCUAGAAGGUAGACUGUUUAAACAGCUGUAGAGACCGUCCCACUCCUAGAAGGUAGACCGUUUAAACAGCUGUAGAGACCGUCCCACUCCUAGAAGGUAGACUAUUUAAACAGCUGUAGAGACCGUCCCACUCCUAGAAGGUAGACUAUUUAAACAGCUGUAGAGACCGUCCCACUCCUAGAAGGUAGACUAUUUAAACAGCUGUAGAGACCGUCCCACUCCUAGAAGGUAGACUAUUUAAACAGCUGUAGAGACCGUCCCACUCCUAGAAGGUAGACUAUUUAAACAGCCGUAGAGACCGUCCCACUCCUAGAAGGUAGACUAUUUAAACAGCUGUAGAGACCGUCCCACUCCUAGAAGGUAGACUAUUUAAACAGCUGUAGAGACCGUCCCACUCCUAGAAGGUAGACUAUUUAAACAGCUGUAGAGACCGUCCCACUCCUAGAAGGUAGACUAUUUAAACAGCCGUAGAGACCGUCCCACUCCUAGAAGGUAGACUAUUUAAACAGCUGUGGAGACCGUCCCACUCCUAGAAGGUAGACUAUUUAAACAGCUGUAGAGACUGUCCCUCUCCUAGAAGGUAGACUAUUUAAACAGCCGUAGAGACCGUCCCACUCCUAGAAGGUAGACUAUUUAAACAGCUCUAGAGACCGUCCCACUCCUAGAAGGUAGACUAAUUUAAACAGCUGUAGAGACCGUCCCACUCCUAGAAGGUAGACUAUUUAAACAGCCGUAGAGACCGUCCCACUCCUAGAAGGUAGACUAUUUAAACAGCCGUAGAGACCGUCCCACUCCUAGAAGGUAGACUAUUUAAACAGCUGUAGAGACCGUCCCACUCCUAGAAGGUAGACUAUUUAAACAGCUGUAGAGACCGUCCCACUCCUAGAAGGUAGACUAUUUAAACAGCCGUAGAGACUGUCCCUCUCCUAGAAGGUAGACUAUUUAAACAGCCGUAGAGACCGUCCCACUCCUAGAAGGUAGACUAUUUAAACAGCUGUAGAGACCGUCCCACUCCUAGAAGGUAGACUAUUUAAACAGCCGUAGAGACCGUCCCACUCCUAGAAGGUAGACUAUUUAAACAGCUGUAGAGACCGUCCCACUCCUAGAAGGUAGACUAUUUAAACAGCUGUAGAGACCGUCCCACUCCUAGAAGGUAGACUAUUUAAACAGCUGUAGAGACCGUCCCACUCCUAGAAGGUAGACUAUUUAAACAGCUGUAGAGACCGUCCCACUCCUAGAAGGUAGACUAUUUAAACAGCUGUGGAGACCGUCCCACUCCUAGAAGGUAGACUAUUUAAACAGCUGUGGAGACCGUCCCUCUCCUAGAAGGUAGACUAUUUAAACAGCUGUAGAGACCGUCCCACUCCUAGAAGGUAGACUAUUUAAACAGCUGUAGAGACCGUCCCACUCCUAGAAGGUAGACUAUUUAAACAGCUGUGGAGACCGUCCCACUCCUAGAAGGUAGACUAUUUAAACAGCUGUAGAGACGUCCCACUCCUAGAAGGUAGACUAUUUAAACAGCCGUAGAGACCGUCCCACUCCUAGAAGGUAGACUAUUUAAACAGCCGUAGAGACCGUCCCACUCCUAGAAGGUAGACUAUUUAAACAGCUGUAGAGACUGUCCCACUCCUAGAAGGUAGACUAUUUAAACAGCUGUAGAGACUGUCCCACUCCUAGAAGGUAGACUAUUUAAACAGCUGUAGAGACCGUCCCACUCCUAGAAGGUAGACUAUUUAAACAGCCGUAGAGACCGUCCCACUCCUAGAAGGUAGACUAUUUAAACAGCUGUAGAGACUGUCCCACUCCUAGAAGGUAGACUAUUUAAACAGCUGUAGAGACUGUCCCACUCCUAGAAGGUAGACUAUUUAAACAGCCGUAGAGACCGUCCCACUCCUAGAAGGUAGACUAUUUAAACAGCUGUAGAGACCGUCCCACUCCUAGAAGGUAGACCAUUUAAACAGCCGUAGAGACCGUCCCACUCCUAGAAGGUAGACCAUUUAAACAGCUGUAGAGACCGUCCCACUCCUAGAAGGUAGACUAUUUAAACAGCUGUAGAAACCGUCCCACUCCUAGAAGGUAGACUAUUUAAACAGCUGUAGAGACCGUCCCACUCCUAGAAGGUAGACUAUUUAAACAGCUUUAGAGACCGUCCCACUCCUAGAAGGUAGACUAUUUAAACAGCUGUAGAGACCGUCCCACUCCUAGAAGGUAGACUAUUUAAACAGCUGUAGAAACCGUCCCACUCCUAGAAGGUAGACUAUUUAAACAGCUGUAGAGACCGUCCCACUCCUAGAAGGUAGACUAUUUAAACAGCUGUAGAGACCGUCCCACUCCUAGAAGGUAGACUAUUUAAACAGCUGUAGAGACCGUCCCACUCCUAGAAGGUAAACUAUUUAAACAGCUGUAGAGACCGUCCCACUCCUAGAAGGUAGACUAUUUAAACAGCUGUAGACAAAGGACAAGUCUCUCCAUCUCUGCUGUCUUCCAGCUACAUCAACCAUAUUGGCUGAUCAAGCCCAGUAAUACAGAUAGUCUAAUAUAACCAUCUACCAUAUUGGCUGAUCAAGCCCAGUAAUACAGAUAGUCUAAUAUAACCAUCUACCGUAUUGGCUGAUCUAGCCCAGUAAUACAGAUAGUCUAAUAUAACCAUCUACCGUAUUGGCUGAUCGAGCCCAGUAAUACAGAUAGUCUAAUAUAACCAUCUACCAUAUUGGCUGAUCGAGCCCAGUAAUACAGAUAGCCUAAUAUAACCAUCUACCAUAUUGGCUGAUCGAGCCCAGUAAUACAGAUAGCCUAAUAUAACCAUCUACCGUAUUGGCUGAUCUAGCCCAGUAAUACAGAUAGUCUAAUAUAACCAUCUACCGUAUUGGCUGAUCUAGCCCAGUAAUACAGAUAGUCUAAUAUAACCAUCUACCGUAUUGGCUGAUCUAGCCCAGUAAUACAGAUAGUCUAAUAUAACCAUCUACCAUAUUGGCUGAUCUAGCCCAGUAAUACAGAUAGUCUAAUAUAACCAUCUACCGUAUUGGCUGAUCUAGCCCAGUAAUACAGAAAGUCUAAUAUAACCAUCUACCGUAUUGGCUGAUCUAGCCCAGUAAUACAGAUAGUCUAAUAUAAUGGGCCAACUGAGAAUCUCAAUAUUUUAUAAUCUGUAAAAUAAUUAAUCCCAAAAACUAUGUAAUAUAUAUAUAUAUAUUUUUUUUUAAUCAUCUCUGGUCCUGACCCAUAUGGAGUGUGUCCCACCAUGUGAUUGGCUGGUCCUGACCCAUAUGGAGUGUAUCCCACCACGUGAUUGGCUGGUCCUGACCCAUAUGGAGUGUAUCCCACCAUGUGAUUGGCUGGUCCUGACCCAUAUGGAGUGUAUCCCACCAUGUGAUUGGCUGGUCCUGACCCAUAUGGAGUGUAUCCCACCAUGUGAUUGGCUGGUCCUGACCCAUAUUGAGUGUGUCCCACCACGUGAUUGGCUGGUCCUGACCCAUAUGGAGUGUGUCCCACCACGUGAUUGGCUGGUCCUGAGCCAUAUGGAGUGUAUCCCACCAUGUGAUUGGCUGGUCCUGACCCAUAUGGAGUGUGUCCCACCAUGUGAUUGGCUGGUCCUGACCCAUAUUGAGUGUAUCCCACCACGUGAUUGGCUGGUCCUGACCCAUAUGGAGUGUAUCCCACCAUGUGAUUGGCUGGUCCUGACCCAUAUGGAGUGUGUCCCACCAUGUGAUUGGCUGGUCCUGACCCAUAUGGAGUGUAUCCCACCAUGUGAUUGGCUGGUCCUGACCCAUAUUGAGUGUAUCCCACCAUGUGAUUGGCUGGUCCUGAUCCAUAUGGAGUGUAUCCCACCAUGUGAUUGGCUGGUCCUGACCCAUAUGGAGUGUGUCCCACCAUGUGAUUGGCUGGUCCUGACCCAUAUGGAGUGUGUCCCACCAUGUGAUUGGCUGGUCCUGACCCAUAUGGAGUGUGUCCCACCAUGUGAUUGGCUGGUCCUGACCCAUAUGGAGUGUGUCCCACCAUGUGAUUGGCUGGUCCUGACCCAUAUGGAGUGUAUCCCACCAUGUGAUUGGCUGGUCCUGACCCAUAUGGAGUGUAUCCCACCAUGUGAUUGGCUGGUCCUGACCCAUAUGGAGUGUAUCCCACCAUGUGAUUGGCUGGUCCUGACCCAUAUGGAGUGUAUCCCACCAUGUGAUUGGCUGGUCCUGACCCAUAUGGAGUGUAUCCCACCAUGUGAUUGGCUGGUCCUGAGCCAUAUGGAGUGUAUCCCACCACGUGAUUGGCUGGUCCUGACCCAUAUGGAGUGUAUCCCACCAUGUGAUUGGCUGGUCCUGACCCAUAUGGAGUGUAUCCCACCAUGUGAUUGGCUGGUCCUGACCCAUAUGGAGUGUAUCCCACCAUGUGAUUGGCUGGUCCUGACCCAUAUGGAGUGUGUCCCACCAUGUGAUUGGCUGGUCCUGACCCAUGUUGAGUGUAUCCAACCAUGUGAUUGGCAGGUCAUGACCCAUAUGGAGUGUAUCCAACCAUGUGAUUGGCUGGUCCUGACCCAUGUUGAGUGUGUCCCACUGUGAUUGGCUGGUCCUGACCCAUAUGGAGUGUGUCCCACCAUGUGAUUGGCUGUAUCCUCCUCUUUGUCCAGGGAUGACGUGCAGGAAAGCCACCGACCCGGUAGACUGGUCUCCUCUGGUUCUUGGCCUGCUCACUCUGUUGAAACAGUUCCACUCCAGAUACACAGAGCAGUUCCUGGCUCUCAUUGGGCAAUUCAUACGCUCCAUCAUGGAACAGUGCACCAGUCAGAAGAUCCCGGACAUGCCGUCCGAUGUGGUGGGAGCUCUGAUGUUUCUGGAGGAUUACGGACGCUACACCAAACUGCC